AUGGAAACUUGUGCUUUAACCCCAUUCGAUCACGCUAAGGCUGACAUUAUUUUGCGAUCUGCUGACGGUGUUGAGUUUCGAGUCUUCACACUUUUUCUCUCCCUUGCAUCUCCAUUCUUCGAGACGUUGUUCUGCCUCCCUCAGGCACCUGGUGGCGCCAUCACCGAUCAAGUGAUGAAGGAUGGUCUAGUUGUCGUUGCAAUGUCUGAGGACAGCAAAACUCUGGAUUUAUUUCUUAGGUUUUGCUAUCCCUCAACGCUGGCGGAGGAUCCUUCUCUCGAGAACCUAACAGAUGCCCUGCCUGUUCUCGCAGCUGCGAGGAAGUAUUCACUAGGCCUGAUCGAGAAAAAAGUAUGUCAGGCCCUGGUGAAUCCCAAAGUUCUCGAGACAGAGCCCCUUCGCUGCUUUGCCAUUUCCAGGAAUGCACGACUUAAACAUGAAACUAUCACUGCCGCCAGAUACACCUUGCGUCAGCCCUUAAUUCCAGCGUGGUGUUCAGAGAUCGACCUUAUCACCGCAUCCGACCUUCUUGCGCUGCUAACAUACCACAAAAAAUGCAUUACCGCCGUACAAACCUUAUGGGACCUCAACUGGAUUACAAAUCAUUAUCGUAGUCAGAGCGGCUGCAAAUGGCUAUUUUGUUCAGGGUACUGUCGCUGCGGACGGGGUGACGACAAAAAAUUCUUUCUAUGGGGUGAUGGUACGGUUACAUGGUGGAUAAAAUAUAUGCAGGAAGUAUUCGAGUUGUUGAAGGAUAGCCCAUCUGGCGACACUGUGAGGACUGCAGCGGACAGGACAGUCGGGGUGGUCAGGGCUGCAAAUUGCACCGUCUGCUCUGGUCAGGUGAAGGAAAAUAUAGCAGAGUUCAGCAACCUGCUUGCUCAGAAAGUUGAAGAGAUAGUUGCCUCGAUUGAACUGGAGAUGGACUUUUGA